AUGCUUAUUCUGUGCCUUUUGCCCGUGUCCUCGGCUCAGCCCACCACCGCUGUAUCAGAUCUCGUUGCAAGCAUUCCGCGAUCGGCCGCGGCUCCGAGUGGAGAGAUCAUCGACGAUCGCCACGAGGGAUCUUCAUUCCUAGAGAAUACGCAAUUGCAUGCAGAGACUGACUCGGAGCCUGGGGGUCUUCUAAUGCCUCGAAACACAAAUUCGGAUAUGCCCACCGCGUUCGACACCAUCUCCAACAACUUUGCCAAUGCCACCUGUGUAUCAUUUUUCAAGAGGUUUCUGUCCAACACGACGGUGACAGACUGUCACGCCGUAUCCCUCCUACUGGAAAACUCCAACUCAUUUUUCCAUACCUUGACUUCCGCCACGGCCACUUCACGCAUCCUCGACACCGCAUGCUCGGAGCCCCUCUCCAAGUGCUCGACCAUCAUGACCAAUCUGGCUUCACAGAUGCUCUCCGAUAGUAAUUGCGGACAGGACUAUCAAUCAGGCAACUCAUUCGUGCAGGGUGCCUACGAGGACUUGAUCGCGUACGAGCCUAUGUAUCUUGCCACAUGCCUCACGAAUUCGGUGACUGGUGAUUACUGCUUUGUCGAUGCCGUACAGAACAGUACCGCCCCAAAUGACUACAAUGUUUAUUUCAUGCCCCUGGGCACCACGAUUGGUACUAGCAAGUUGACUUGUGGUCAGUGCCUGAAGGAUACCAUGACUACUUUCGCCCAGUGGGCCACGGUCGACGGCCAGGCUCUGGACACCACGUAUCUUCCCUCGGCCAGGAAUGUCAACGAUCUCUGCGGUGCCGGCUUUGCCAAAGUCAAUAUCACCGUCGGCAGCGACACUGUCACAUCCGGUGCCCGGUUGACACUCCUGUUGCCCAGUAUCCGACUCCUUGUCUCCAUACUAGGACUAGCGCUCGGAGCCACAUCCAUGGGAAUACUUUAA